AUGGCUUCAUCUAAUUCUAAUGCGGUAGAAGCAACAGCUGAAGAGAGAAGAAGGACUACCGCUACUGCGCCUAUUUCAAUAGAUUUGUACUCCCUUUCCGGGAAUGCUAGCAAUGAGUCUUCAAAGAACCCAGUACCCAACCAUGGAAUCUCCCAACAGCACAACAAAGGAGUAAUCAAAAAGGAGUCGCUACCUAGCUCAGAAACGCUGCCCGAAAGAGUUCAUUGGCUGAGGCGUAACACCGGCCUCUUCCUUUUCAAUCAGAGGUUCCCAUCCCACUGCCUAAAAGAAGAAGGCCAGUUAGCCGCAAAGUCGUCAGAAAAGAAAGAAUCAGAAUCGAGCUCAGCUUACGGGAACAAUGAGUUCACUGCUAUUGUGGCGCCUUCCUCUUAUUCUUGA